CUUUGUUAGGUUCUCCGAGUCUGCAAACUUACUGAAAGUAUGCUCCAGACCGUUGCACGAGCUUGCAGCGGUAUUCGUUUUCGGGCGGCCUCGAGCUUGGGGCAUCCGUUUGCAGUGCACCACCUGCCUCUUGUCCAUCGACGGCUCUAUGCCAGCAAAGAGAUCAAAUCCACUGCUAGUUUCGUGCCCGGCUCGAAGCAGCCCAUUACGGACGAGGCAGCGCGCGCAGAAUACUCUAAAGCAGAAGAAGCAAUGAAAACAGCAGUCACUUGGUACCGGAAGCAGUGCUCUGCAGCUGAAAGCCGCGUCAUGGGACGUGUCACGCCGUCCAUGCUGGACUCCGUCAGAGUCAAGCUCCCUGGUGGCGACAAAGACUAUCGACUCGACGAGGUUGCAACUAUCGGCGUGCGAGAUGGGUCCACGUUGAUGAUCACGCUUUUCGAGGAAGAGAACCUGAAAUUCGUGGAAAGCGGUCUGUACGACUCCAAAUUGCCCAACGUCGUUCCGCAAAAGCACGACGCGCGCACGAUCAAGAUUCCCAUACCCAAACCUACGGUUGAAUCCAACGCCGCCCUGAUAGCUGCAUCCAGUCGCCAGGCCGAAGAAAUCAGAGUCCAGAUCAGAAAGCUUCAUCAGACCAGUCUGAAACGAGGCAAAUACAAAAAGCACUCUAUCGAGCUGGAAGAAUUUCAAAAGCUGUCCGACCGAUAUGUCGCUGAGGUUGAGAAGAUCGUGGCAGACCUCAAGAAAGGUACUAGCAGUGGAGGGAAGAGGAAGUAGACUAGGACUACAUAGACAAGUCUGCACGUACCUGCUACUACUUGGAAUGAGA